AUGUGGAGCCCACAAAAAGGUCCUACACGUCUGUGGGACCUUAGACUGAGUAGCUGUAUAUUUAUUUUACAUUUAAUGUUUAGUUUAGUCAUAGCUGGUAAUGAACUGUGGCCCAUGGAGCGGCCGGAUGGAAUGCCAAACAUAGUUUCACUCGAGGUCAUGUGCGGUAAGGAUCACAUGGAUGUGCAUUUGACCUUCUCUCAUCCCUUCGAAGGCAUUGUGAGCUCCAAAGGACAACACAGUGAUCCACGCUGUGUGUAUGUGCCACCAUCGACGGGCAAGACGUUCUUCUCAUUCCGCAUCUCGUAUUCCCGCUGCGGCACCAAACCGGAUCUCAAUGGCCAGUUCUACGAGAAUACGGUAGUCGUGCAGUAUGACAAGGAUCUGCUUGAGGUCUGGGACGAGGCGAAACGCUUGCGCUGCGAAUGGUUCAAUGACUAUGAGAAGACUGCUUCCAAGCCGCCGAUGGUAAUUGCCGAUUUGGAUGUAAUACAGCUUGACUUUCGCGGCGAUAAUGUUGAUUGCUGGAUGGAGAUACAACAUGGCAAGGGACCCUGGGCGCCGCCAGUGAGCGGCAUUGUGCCGCUAGGAUCAACGCUCACCCUGGUUGUGGCCAUCAAUGACUAUCGCGGUGAAUUCGAUAUGCGCGUCAAGUCGUGUGUGGCUUCCGAUGGCUCGGGACACGUGAUCAAUCUAUCCGAUGAAUUCGGUUGUGUGCUGAGACCCAAGAUGAUCUCACGCUUCCUCAAAUCCCGUGCCCCCGACGAACGUGCCACCGUCAUCACGUACGCCUUCUUCCAUGCCUUCAAGUUCCCCGAUGCGCUGAGUGUGCACAUCAAAUGCAAGGUGGAGAUCUGUCGUCAUGGCUGCCUCGAUCACUGCCAGAACACGGCCGGUGGCGAUGGCCUCGGUCCGGCCAUUGGCAGUGCGAAUGAGCGCAAGGAUGUCCAUAUGGUGGACAAUGUGGGCAGCAGCAGCAGCAACGAUUUGUUCCGCGACUUGGCCUUGCCACCGGCAUCGAUGGGCGGCCAUGGCGGACAGUCGGCGACGCAUGGCCUGGGCAUGGGCUUGGAUCAUGACAUUUUCUACGAGGACAUCAUACACGAUCACAAGCAGACUAUGGGCGGUGGAGGUGGUGGAGGCAAUGUCGGUGUCGGUGGCGUCGGCGAUUUGUAUGAGGAGAAGAGCGUUAAUUUGCAGCCGCGUCCGGUGCACGAAAUACCCGAUGAGGAGGCCGAUCUAUCCGAUCUGUUUGGCGACGAUGAUCUCAGCGACAUGGACGCCGAUGGCGAACGUUAUUUGGGCUUGAAGAAGAGCGGCAAAUUCCCUCAUGGACCGCGUCAGCUGGAGGCUCAAAAGCGCAUGGGAGUGCCGAUGGCAGGACCACGGUCCCUCGAACCCAAAUCGGAGAUGGACGAUGUCCCACGUCCCGUUUAUCGGCCACAGGCGGAGGCAUUGAAACAACCACGCGAGGAUCACAUUGAUUUGGAUGAUGCAGUCGAUGAGGCACAAAACACGAGCUCAACGGAGACGCCAACGUCACAGGAGCAGCGACGCCGUCGUCGUCGUCGGUCGCUAGUGAUUGCCGAUCGCAAGGUGCGCAGCGCCGAUGUGGGCGUCAGUGGACUGUACGAUGUCAUCUCGGAGGCGGAUUUGGCCUUUUCGCCCGAUGCCAAACAGGAGGCGGUCACCGUCUUCCAGGGCAAGAUCAGUGAGGAGGUUGUCUAUGGCAUUUGCAUGCCGGUGCCCGGUUUUAGCAUACUCUUUAUUGUGGUCAUAUCGGCGACAAUUGUGUCGGCCUUGAUUGCCGGCUCGCUGCUCUAUCGCUAUCAGCUGCAGAAGGAGGCGCUCGAGAAGCAGACGCCAAUGCCAGUGCCCGGCACUUUGGCCUCAUGGAUGACGUUGCGUCUGUUCCGCAUGCGACACCUGCAACAGCAGCAGCAGCAGGAGCAACAGCGACAGCAACAGCAGCAACAGACGGUGCCCAGUGCUGAGGCGGUGCAGUGAGAGAGAUCACUUCAGUAUUCCUGUUUACACUCCCUUCCCGCCUUCCUACCGCCCCUUUUCUCCUACUCAUCCCUAACUGCAGCAUUUCAUGCGCUUUUUUUUUGUGUUUUUAAUUUGAUAUCCAAUUGACUGACAAGUUCUGUUUGCACCUCGACCAGAAGAAACAUGCAAAAAAAACAUGCAUUCGUUAGUUAUUCAUUCUUUUCUUUUGUUUUCGUUUGUUGUGUAAACUCGUUAGUUAUUUCACGCUAUCUCUCUCACAACUCGUCAGCUACGCGGGCAACAUGGCAAUACUUGGAAGCGUUGGAUGUCCCGGUCCACACACACACAGACACACACACAUACACACACAAAUACUUUGGUGCUGAAAUAAUGAAUUACUUAUUUAUUUAUUAUUAUGAUACGCGUACGUUGUUCAAUUUAUAUUUUAUUUUUAUUUGUUUGUUUUUUUUUUGGUUUUAAUUUGCUUCUGGGUGCAUUUAGUCGUUAAAUUCAAUCAAAUCACAAAUUACAAAUCAUAUCAGACUCGUACAGCGCACACACACACAAACACACACAGAACACAUGACUAAUGUUAGGGAUAACUUAACUUAUUAACUUAACUUAUUUACACUUACUCUAUAUAGGAAAACUUACACUUAAGCGACGGCUCACAUGGAAAAUUCUGAUUCAAAUUGGUUUUAUAUUUAGGCACAAUUUCGAUUUUAUUUAUUAUUCUGUUUUCGGUUUAACUCCAAGUCAAGUCAUUCGAAUGCGACAUAUUUUUUUUUAAAUAGCAAAUUUUAAGUGAAAUUCGUAGUUAAAUUUACAUCUAAAUUCGGAUAGGUCAGAUCUAGGGCAUCUCUAAUUAAUCUCUCAUUAUACAUUUGGCAACAAAUUCAUUUCAUACAGUACACAAUCAUAUCUCAAAAACAAAAAAACAUUUUCUACCAGAUUUCUGACCUUUGUGAAUUUAGAUUUACGUACUUACUUAUUUAUAUAUACAUAUAUCUAGUAAAUUGUCAUUAGAAUGGAAUGGAAAAACUAAAAAACAUACAAAAACAACAAAAAAACAACAAAAAACAAAAAGCAAACAAA